CACACGCACUAGAGGUGGGAGUGGAUGCUCGUGUAGUUGCUGGAAGCCAGGAUGGGAUAAUCAUGCGCGUCUGGCUCCGAGCGUUGGUGCAGCUGCCGUUGCUGGAUACGAACCGGACUCGGGGCGCGGUGUGGGUCUAGUUGGUUGACUGGUGCUAUUUGGACCUCAUGUCGAUGGUAUCAAGCAUUCUGAGAAACACAAGGGCGAUGGCCGUGAAAGGAGUUGGUGCAGCUCUCUGAAACAUCCAGGCGAGAGAAAUCGAGCGUUGUUUUUUUUUUUUUUUUUUUUUUUUUCUGAUGGAGGACAGGAUUCACCAGCAUUGAGCUCAGACCGGCUUUUGGAGGAACUUGGGAAAAGGAGAGAAGAUAUCAAGGCAAUCCCUGGAGGAUAUCAAAUGAGCAAUUAAUUGGUUUAAUUUAGGUAAUGAUUUUUAAAAAGUCGGAUAGAGAUAGAAACGCAGCUGGAAGACCGGAUCACUUCUGAAUUGGUAAUUAGAAUCGGACUACCUCUGUGGAUCGAGCAGCAGCCGCAUCCGACCAGCCGGGGUGGGGGGUGGGGGGGAUACUUGGAUGGAGAGGGCGCAGUGAAGGCUGAGAAGGCGGCUUGCCGUGUGUAGGAGGAGACGGAGGGAGACCGGGCAGUUUGAAGGCACGGUGAGCCAGGAGCGGCGCGGCGGCUCCAUGAGCGGCUCCUGCCGGGAGAGAGCGCCCACAGCCCAGCCGGAGCGUCUCCACUGCCGCGGGUAGAACCCCGGGCUACAGGACGGCGGUCAGUUUGGAAGUUUUGAUGCAUAUGAUCACAACCACCAUGAUUUUUAUGAUUCUUGGUGCUUCAGUUGUAAUGGCGAUAGCCUGUUUAAUGGACAUGAACGCACUACUGGAUCGCUUUCACAACUACAUCUUACCGCAUCUACGAGGGGAGGACCGCGUCUGUCACUGCAACUGUGGAAGGCAUCAUGUCCACUACGUAAUCCCAUAUGACGGGGACCAUUCCUUGGUGGACUCCUCAGAGAACUACUUUGUGAGUGACAGUGUGACUAAGCAAGAGAUGGACUUGAUGCUGGGCCUGCUGUUGGGCUUCUGCAUCAGCUGGCUGCUGUUGUGGCUGGACGGAGUCCUACACUGUGCUGUCAGGGCCUGGAGGGCAAGCCGGUACUACGAUACUCCAUCCUGGUCAUGGCUGCCACAGUUCUGCAACCUUCGAGACCUCCGUCGUCGAGCCCAGCUCAGACAGCUGGAAGACUCCAGCGGCAACAUGGUCCACAUCAAGCAGAAGCUCUACCACAAUGGCCACCCUAGUCCCCGACACCUCUAACUCCAAAGUUUAAAAAUAAAAAUUAAAAAAGAAAGAUAAAAACAGAACAAAAAUUUUAAAAAAGGAAAAAUGUCCCAUUUCCCCUAAACUCUCCUCUUCUCUCCCCUCUAAACCACUGCAACCUUGCAUUCCAAACUGCCCCAUGGUUGCCUCAGAGACCCUGGAAAACUGCCCUCAAACUGUUCAUAAGAUGGUCCUUUCAACCCCCUUCCAGCAGGAUUUUCUUAUGACUAAACUGGUCCCUGUCAGCACUUAAAAAAUGGAGCGAGAUGAUGAUUAUUUGUUUCCACUAAAAUCUUGUCUUAAGUCCAUGUCAACCAUUGUGGGAGGAAGAAUUAAAAAAAAAAAAAAAAAAACAUUUUUAAGGGUGUUUUUCUGUAUAGAAACAUUUUCUGUGUUCAUUGUUAAACUUGGCAUGCUCUUUUAGAACAGGGUAAGAUGUGGGCAGUGUAUGGAAUGGGGAGGCAAGAUGUUUUUUUUCUUUAUCGGGUGGGAUGGGGGUAUUUGAUGGCAUAGAAAGGGGCAAACGAGACAGGUGGGUGGGUGGGUGGGUUUUGUGAUGGUUAGACUGCUGCUUCUGUAAAUAGUUAUAAAUACAGGAAAGUGGGAUUUAACAGUCUUUCAAAAUGGGUUGCUUGGGGGGGCUGUGUGAGUCAUUUAUCGAUAGAAAACUGAAUAAUGGACUAUCUGGGUCAAGAUUAUAGGGAAGGAACAGAAAGACGACGAGUCUGUUUGAAAAAUGGAUGUGAAACUAUGUGAUUUCUGCUAAAACACAGAUUAAUUAGCUUUGUUACUUAGUGAAUUAACUGAAUGUAUUAAUUUUUCCUGUAAAUAUGUGAGGGGGAGGGGAGUGUGUAUGGUUUUGGUUGGGGUUCUCUUUGCUAAACUAUCAUUGUUUAGUAGACAAGUGGAGAAAAAUAAAUGCCAGCCAAGAUGAGUCAGUGAACACACACACACACACACACACACACCCAUUCAUGUUCCCCACACUGUGCUCCACAGCACAGUUCAAUUUUCUUUAUCCUAUUCCCUCACACUUAUCAGGAGCAACCAGCCUAUCAGCAGAGGGAACCCUCACCCAGCCCCCCCUCGCCCUCUCUGUCCAGACAUUGCUGUUGUGAGGAUGAAAUGUCUGUUUUAUUAAAAGUGCCAUUGAAGCACAACAGUGA